GUUCUUGACCAAUUCCACAGGUACCACACAAUUCCAAAUUCAUUCGGCUGCAUAUCAUUGUCUCCUCGUAUGCGUCUAAAUGUUCAUCUUAAAAAGACAAGUCGUCCACUUCUCAGAACUUCCACACAACUUCAACACCAUCAUUGUUCAGACUCCCAUUUGACCACUUGUAGUGAUUUAUUGAUUCCUCCACCCUUUACGCUAUCCCACAACCCAAGCUUCACCUUUACCAGUUCCACGAUGGCUCUUCCUCCAAAGUUCGCUGGCCACCGUUUCAUCCCCACCGAGGGAGCUGGUGCUAGCUCUUUUCCUACUCAGCCACUCCAUACCGUCGAGAUCUUUCUCGAUUACGUUUGUCCCUUCUCAGCUAGUAAGUCACAUUCCUCAACCCAAACCAUCCAUCCAUCCAUCCAUCCAUCCAUACAUGCUUUUCCAAAAAAGCAAUCACAUGAAUAACACGAUUCACCACCCUAAACGACAGAAAUCUACAACACCCUUUACACCACCCUCCUCCCCUCUCUCCGCUCCGAGCACGCCGACCUCGGCUCAAAAGUCCAAUUCAUCUUUCGCCACCAAAUCCAACCCUGGCACCCUUCCUCCACCCUAACCCACGAAGCCGGGCUCGCUGUACAACGUCUAGCCCCCACCAAAUUCUGGGACUUCAGCGCGGCCCUGUUCAAAGACCAGAAGGCUUAUUUCGACGUUUCACUGGUGAAUGAGACGCGGAAUGAGACGUAUAAGCGGUUGGCGAAGUUAGCUUCCCAAAGCGCGGGGGUUGAUGAGAAGGAGUUGUAUGAGCUGUUGGCUAUCCCGACAGAGAAGGGAGAUGAUGGAAGUUUAAAUGUGGGUAAUGCGGUGACGAAUGAUUUGAAGACAGUGAUCAAGAUGGCGAGAUUGGUGGGCGUGCAUGUGAGUCCGACGGUUAUUUUCGAUGGGGUGGUCGCAGGGGAGGUUAGUUCUAGCUGGACCCUGGAGCAGUGGUUGGAGUAUCUGAGGAAGAGUGUUGCUUGAGGGGCUGGAAUUCUGUGAGGGAAAGGGGAUGAUGGUAAGCUGAGUUAUGAGUCAAUGAUCAGGAAUACAGAAUGGGUUACACCGGGGCAUUUGGCAUCUUAGAACUAAUGGACGGAUGCAUGAAAGUCUUUCCUACCCAACAAGAAUUCAGAAUACGUCGUUUGAGAGGUGACCUAUGACAAGCGAGAACGUAUGGUGCCUGAAGAGCAACUGACUGGGUGAUAAAAAGCCCUGCGCUCAAUCAAUCAGUGGACGCAACACAUAUAUCAAAGCUGUUACACGGAGUCUAUAAAGCGUAUUUUGACAGGAUAUUGACCUCUUCUACUACUUACGACUGAUACCUACAACUUAACCAACAGAGCUUGCCUCUUUUAUCUUCUUUAAAG